CUUUGUACAUCACAUGUUUCGUUUUGUAUUUUUGCUGACUUUUCAGUUUUCUAUAUAACACUUCGCUCCUCAUUGUUUACGUUCAUCGUUCAUAGCUUCCUCCGCCUCUAGUUUUCUCUCUCCUUUCCCACAUCGAAACGAGGUCGUUUUGAGCUGCAGCGGCGCCGGAACUUGCAGCAGCUAUGGAUUUGGCAUCCAAUCUCGGUGGCAAGAUUGAAAAGACCGAAGUUCUCUCCGCCGUUGAGAAGUAUGAGAAGUAUCAUGUUUGCUAUGGUGGCCAAGAGGAAGAGAGGAAAGCUAACUAUAGUGAUAUGGUGAAUAAGUACUAUGAUCUUGUUACCAGCUUUUACGAGUUUGGCUGGGGGGAAUCUUUCCAUUUUGCGCCCAGAUGGAAUGGGGAAUCUCUUCGGGAGAGCAUCAAGCGACAUGAACACUUCCUUGCUUUACAACUUCGACUGCAGCCAGGGCAGAAGGUUUUGGAUGUUGGAUGUGGAAUUGGGGGACCAUUAAGAGAAAUUUCUCGAUUCAGCUCAACUUCAAUUACUGGGUUGAAUAAUAAUGAGUACCAGAUAACAAGAGGAAAGGAACUCAAUCGCAUUGCGGGAGUGGACAAGACUUGCAAUUUUAUCAAGGCUGACUUCAUGAAAAUGCCAAUCCCAGACAACACAUUUGAUGCAGUGUAUGCGAUUGAAGCCACUUGCCAUGCACCAGAUGCUUAUGGAUGCUAUAAAGAGAUUUUUAGAGUGUUGAAGCCUGGUCAAUAUUUUGCUGCUUAUGAAUGGUGUAUGACCGAUAGUUUUGAUCCCCAAAACUCAGAGCACCAAAAAAUCAAGGCAGAAAUUGAGAUUGGUGAUGGGCUUCCUGACAUUAGAUUGACCACUAAGUGUAUUGAAGCUCUGAAGCAAGCAGGUUUUGAGGUAAUAUGGGAGAAAGAUCUAGCAGCCAACUCUCCUCUUGCAUGGUACCUGCCUUUAGACAAAAGUCAUUUCUCACUGAGUAGCUUCCGUCUAACCGCUGUUGGGCGACUUUUCACAAAAAACAUGGUCAAGGUUCUGGAGUAUGUUGGACUGGCUCCAAAGGGUAGUCUAAGGGUUCAAGAUUUCCUAGAGAAGGCUGCGGAAGGACUAGUUGAAGGAGGAAAGAAAGAGAUUUUCACACCAAUGUACUUCUUCUUGGCACGGAAGCCUGAUUCAGACAGUAACUAAGUUGGUUGUACAAAUAGGUUGCUGUUGUUUACAGAGAUUCUGGUCGGGUGAAUCGGUUGUUUUUGUCCUCGUGACCGUAGUUUCCUGCUGUUUUGAGUUGCUUGUUUUUGUUUAGGGUACCAAAACUUUUGCUGUUUGUUCGAUUAAGCAGUGCAUUUUGUUCUUUAAUUCUGUUUAAAAGUAAAAAUUUAAAUACA